AUGACUAGUAAUUAUACAAGACUUGUACCUGGCAGAGCUAGACGUGUCAAAAUUUACAGAAAUGGUGAUGCUCAUCACAAGGGUUUAAAUGUUGUACUAAAUUACAAACAAGGCCAAGAUAUCAACACAUUAUUAGAUUCUAUUAGUGAAAGAAUUGGGUUGGUAUUGGGAGCAAAACGUUUAUUUACCACUGAUGGAACUCAAAUAACUUCAGCAGAGGAGUUGGAACAUAAUGGGGUAUUUUUUAAUUUUUUUGGGAUCGAGCCAUUUUCAACCAAUUCAAAGGAAUAUGUCGCCUCCUCUGGCACAUUCACACCAGCAGCAUAUGGUCAACCAGGAGUAAAUCGACUAGGACAGAGCGGAGGUUCAUUACGCCGUCCCCGCCGUGACAGUGCCUCUAGAUCUACACAAGAAAAUAAUUCUUUGGGCUCUUCAUAUUCUGCUACAAGGCAAACAAGAAGUAUUGAAAGAACAAGUGAAAAGACGGCAUCAGCACCAAAACAAAGGACAAAGAAGCUUAGCAAGAAAAAGGUAAAAGAAAAGGCUCCUCCAACUCCAGAAGAACCUGCCGCACCCCCAACAGCCGAUAAUAAUGUCGAUGAGGCAGCGAAUGAGGAAGAUUCAGAGGUGAAUAAUCAAAAUGGAGAGGUAAAAUCACCAGAGGGAACAACAGAAGUAGAGGUGAUAGAACAUGAACAGCAUGAUGAAGAAGAGGAAAAAGUGGAGGAAGAAGAAAAGGCUGAGGAAGAGACUUCUGAACAUCCUGAAGAGGAGAAGGAAGAAGAACAUAAUGAGGAAACUGCAGCUACACCAGUAGGGGAAGAAUCCGAAAGAAAUGGGGAGGAAGGAGAACAUGAAGAAGAGAAAAAAGAAGAGGAUGAGGAGGAGGAGGCUGAAGAAAAAGAAGAGACAGAGGAGGAAGAGAAACGACAAAGCACCCCAAAAACACCAACUUGA